AUGAUUAGUCAAAUAACAACAUUUGAUUAUGACGAAUUAAUCCUAAAUCAAAAUCCUUGCAGAUUUUUCAAUAUCCUAACUCAAAAUUCUUUAACUUCUCAUGAUAAAUCCUAUAUUUCUAUUUCCUUUUCUAGAUUGAAAUCUCUCAUAAGGAGGGGAGGAGUUUGUUCACGUGAUACAAAAGGUGAUAGAAGACAAUUUACACAAGUAAAAAUGAACGUCAAGUUGCUGAAUGUCAGUCCAGUUCGAAGCGAUGAUUCAACCUACCUCACAAGUAGCUACGGUUCUGUAACCAACUCUUCGUACGAACAAGCGGAAAGCAAGGAAUGCUGCAAAGAGAAACCCGAAACUACUACUUUAACGUACCCAAAUCACGAAAAACAUCCAUGUUCGUGCGUAGAGAAAGGCAUGCAAUGCCACUGUUCAACUGUUCAAUCUUCUAUUCAAGAUAAACCUAAAAAAUCGAUCAAAUUCGAAUCUUGGGCCAAGUACAAAAGUAUUACUCUAGGGGUUCUCUUGGCACUUUUCUUCGUUUGGAUCGUGAUCUUUGCCUCUUUGAAAUCCAAAAUUAAGCUUUAACGUCUGUGCAAUAUGAAAUACCUUCGUGUACUCCUGUACCUCGUGCAAUACCCUUUCGUAAGAUACCUUAUAUACCAGAAGAAUCGUGUACUUUUGUUAAUAAUUGUAAGAUCCUGACUCGCGAUUAAAACCAAUUUUCAC